AUGAAGAGAACCCACAAUGCCCUGGAAGCGGAUGAGUUUGGACCCGGUGACGCUUCCGGCUCUGCCAUUCGUGGAUCCAAAGUGUCGAGAAAGAUACGAGCCUGUCAACAAUGUCAUACCCGCAAGAUUCGCUGCGUCACAGAGGAUGGAGCCCCAAAGUGUAUACGUUGCACCAAGAAUGGCUUCGACUGCGUCGUGAAUAAGAAUCUACAAGAUCUUUUAGAAGGGGAAUAUGACUGGAAAAAAGCCAUGGAGCAACAGAUGGAGUCCAUGCGCGCCUCAAUGGUAGACAUGAAAGCGAAACUCGAUAACCUGCAAUCGACUCAGCAACAAAUGGCGCUCGCGACCACCUCCCCCGAGACGGUCUCCCGUCUCUCAGCUCCAACGCCUCAUUUGACCGCCAUGACUCGGGAGAACUCACCUGAUACCCAUAGUGCGUCUAGAGACGAAGGCGCCAUUGUCGAUGCUCCUAUGGUGAGUCUCUUUCGAGCGACGAAGCUUCGCAACAUCAGAAGCGAUCCGAGUCGCGACGGUAGAGCAGCCCUGGACCGCCAUCGCCAACCGGACUUUAUCUCUCAAGGACGAAUCACUCUGGCAGAAGCAGAAAGUCUCUUUGCUGCAUUCCAGGGCACCCUCAACGCUUAUCUCUGGGCUGGUGUCGCUCUCGUUCACGAUACCCUCUCAUCAGCCAGGGAAUCAUCCUCACUCCUGGUCGCAGCCACCUUAGCCGUAGCUGCUCUACACACCCAAGACGACGGCCAGAGCUUCGAUCGCUGCUACGUCGUGUUCGCCGAGCUCGCCAGCCAAGCAAUGUUCCAGCGGUACCAUACACUUGACGACAUCCGCGGUCUCUGCAUAGGUGCAUUCUGGCUCUCAGACCUAAGCUGGAAACUUUCCGGGCUCGCUGUACGCAUCGCUACGGAACUUAACAUCCACCAACAUUGUGCACGGGCUUUGCGUGGGGAGACUUCGCAUUCUGAGGAUGUGACGCUGAUCAAUCAUGAGGGAUUCCUUGCACUUCCGGGGGCAAAGGGUUCUGACGUGCGACUUCAUAGCCAGGUCAGCAUAUUCAUCAUCCUGAGUCGAACUUAUAGGACGUUUGGUCUGGAUAGAUCACGCGUCGUUGCGAAUGAUGAGUUUGAUGCGAUACGGCGCUACAAUGGCGAGUUGGGGCAGUGGAAGCAGAGUUGGGAGGCACGACUUGGGGAGCUAGGGUGCGAUCCACAGAUUGGCGAUUACCCAAAGAAAGGCGUUGUGCUACACUAUCACUUCGCCCGCCUUCUUCUCUUCUCCGUCUGUUUGCAGGGUCUUCAACCUACAGAUGGCUUUCUCAUAUCCCUUGAGAGACAGGACUUUAUCAACACCGCCGUAGAGAGCGCAUGUGCAGCACUGCGUUUAAUCCUAGAAGACUCCGACAUGCGUCGCGCCGUGGUGGGAGUCCCUUUAUAUCUCCUCACCACCAUUGCGUACUCAUCCAUCUUUCUGAUCAAAGUCUGUUCGUCGUGGAGGGCUGUUGUCGUACACCUCGCGGUAGACGAUGUAGUCAACCUCGUUGGCCCCAUCAUCUCCAUGCUCAAUGCGACGCAAGCGUAUGCGAGGCAUGUAGCGCAUUACAUUGGGCAAGGUCUUAGUACCAUGCUCGACAAACUCAAGUCGGGAGAGUCGGCGAAUGAGGUACUCAUGCCGCAAUCUGCUAGCAACAGGACGAUGGAAGUACCCCAAGACUCAAGACCAGUCCAACAAGAUUGGGAUCUGAGCUACGGUUGGAUGAUGGGGGACCAGCUUGGAAUGGGGCUAGAAUACAAUCCUGGAGACCUGCUUGGGAUCAUUGGAUCACAAAUGGCAGAGUAA